AUGGAUGGCCACGACGCCGCCGACAGGCGCCAGGCGGGGAUCCAGCACGCGCAGGGCAGGCACGCCUUCGCGGCCGGCUCUGGCGCAUACGGUGCCUCGCAGAUCAACGCCAGGGGCGCCGACGGCUCCGUCGGCGCGGCCGCGGGUGCUCGGGAGCAGCCCGUCGCGAGCGGGCAGUCUGCCGAGGGAGGCACCGCCCCUGCGAGACAGAGCCAGCACGCUGCGUGGGUGGGGCAGCCGAUGUCGGCGCAGACGCCCACGAACAGGGUGUCGACCUCGUCCUGGAGCGAGGAUGAGCGGGUAGCGUUCGUGAACCACCAUACGAGAGGGGAGGCCCCGCAGCCUCUUGCCCCCAGCCCGAGCCAGACGCAGAUCGGCAAGUGGACGCCGUCCUCCUCGGCCCAGGGGAGGCAGGGCAGUGCCGCUCCCAGCCCAAGCCAGACGCAGAUCAGCAAGGGGUCGCAGGCACCUUGGGCUCGGGGGAGGCAGGGCAGUGCCGCUCCCAGCCCGAGCCAGACGCAGAUCAGCAAAGGGUCGCAGGCAUCCUGGCGGCGGAGGCAGGGCGGGCACCCGGGAAAGCAGGGCGGGACCCCGGGGGCGACGCAGGCGCAGGCGCAGGCGCAGGCAUCCUGGACACCGGAGGAGCGGAUAGAGUACGUCAGGUCGCUCGGCAUCGUGACGCUCCCCGGCGAGGAAGUGGUACUGCGAUUUCUCAGUGACGCCCUCUCGAAGGCGCCUCUGCCUUCGCCCUGGCACAUGGCGCGGGACUCGGAGGGUCGGAUCUUCUUCGCGCAGCGGUCCACCGGCCAGAGCACCUGGGCGCAUCCGCUGGAGGCACCCCUGAGGGAGCUCGCGGGCGUUUGCCGGAUGUGCCUGACGUUCCCCACCGAGCUCAGGGAGUCGACGAUUGCAGCUCUGCUGGAGACCUGGCAGUCGGAGGCGAAACAGGAGCUCGCGAAGUGGUACUCCGUGAAGCACGAGAACGGGAGGGAGUACUUCUGCCACCGCGAGACGUUCGAGUCUAUGUGGGAGCACCCAGCCGAGGUCGUGCUGCCCACGCACUACCUCAAGAUACGGUCCAUCGAGCGCCUCCGUGGCGACGGCUACCUGACGAGCCUGCGCAACCGGGCGCUGGGGGCUGCGCAGGAGCCGCCAGACGCCCUGGCAGUGGUGUCGGGCGCUGCCACGCCAGCCGCUGUGGCCUCCGAGGCGGCGCCCCCUGAGCCGAAGCGCGAGGUCGUGAAGGAGACCCCUUCGACUGCCACCAGCACCCCGUUGGGCUACGACCAACAGGCGAUGCUGCCCGCCUCUCCGCAAGCUGAACUGCAGCUCUCGACGGGGCUCACGCCCAUGUCGAUGCGGCCCCACGGAGCGGUGCGGCGCGUCUCGGCCUCCAGCAAGUCCGCCUCGCCCGGGGCGACCGAGACGCCGCCUCAGUCGGAGAAGGCCCCGCAGCAGCUGCGGCUGCUUCGCUCGGAGCUCGCAGAGGCCAGGCAGCAGCACCGGGAGGAGCUGGCUCGCUGCCAGGACGCCGCGCUCAGGAGGGCGGAGGAGGCCGUCGUCCAGCAGACCCAGCUGCUCGACCUGGAAGAGGUGCGGCGGGACCUGAAGCGCCGGCUCAGCGACGCCGCCGCGGACAUGGCUGCACUGCAGAGCGAGCUGCGGCAUGCAGAGAGCGAGCUGGGGGCUGCGGGCACCGCCCAUCAGCGGACGUCCCAGCUCGAGGCGGAGCUGCAGGCGGAGCGCAGGACCGCCGAAGAGCAGGCGGCGGACUGCAGGGACCUGUCCGCUGGCCUCCGCGAGGCGUUGGAGAGCGUCGCAGAGGCGGAGCGGGGCAAGGCCUUCCUAGAGGUGAGGCUGGCGGCACUGUACCAGGACGAUGCCACCAGGGAUCGUCUCAUGGGUUCGCAGGAUGACGUCAGCCGGGCGUUCCUCGAGGCCGCGUACGAGGAGGAGGUGAGACGUCGGGAGAAGCUCCUGGACCUGGACGGCAGCUACCAGGCGGCGCAGGACCUGCUCCGCGAGGCCUGCGCCCGCCAGGCGGGUCUCGAGUUUGAGCUCGAGGCCGCGGAGAGGGGGCUUCGCGAGAGCCGGGCCAUCGCCCUGGACUUCAAGGCGUUUGCCGCGCACACCGAGGCGGAGCUGGAGCAGGAGCGCGCGCAGGCGCGGAAGGCCCAGCUCGCCUACGAGGAGCUGGCGGCCGACCAUGGGGCCUCCGAAAGGCAGGCUGCCGAGUUGGAGGCUCGCCUCUCCCAGGCCGAGAAGGAGCUCGCCAGCAUCCAGUCGUCUGGCGGCGAGCUGGCCCUCCUGCGGGAGCAGCUCGCGGCGCUGUCCGCCAGUAAUUGCGAGGUGCAGUGCGAGUACGAGCAGGCGAUGCAGGAGCUGAGCGCUGCGUGCGCGGCUGGCGACUCCACGAAGGACCGCGCACUCAAGGCGGAGGCGCAGCUGCUUGCUGACCAGCGGAACUUCGAACAGGCGCUGGAACAGGUGCGCGAGGCCGAGCGCGCUCGGGCCGCGCUAGAAGCAAAGCUGGCCGUGGUGGAGAAGGGUAUGGAGGAGCGCGACUCGCUGGCAGAGCGCGUGCAGGAGCUGCAGCGCGAAUUGGCCGAGGCGGUAGAUUCGAGCAAAAAGCUCGCCUCGGAUGAGGCCGCCGCCGACAAGGCCUCCAACGACAGAACCCAGCAGCUGGAGGAGCAGCUGGGCCAGGCGUUGGCGAAGCUGCAGGAGGCGCAGGAGAGCGCCCAGGCGCUCAGCGCGCAAGCCCUGGCACGAGAGCAGGGCUGGCGCCUGGACUCCGCCAGGCUGGAGGAGCUGCAGGCCCAGCUGGCCGAGCAGGCCGAGCGCACGGAGGCCGUGCUGGCCGCGGAGAGGCAGAAGGUGGACCUUGCCGAGAAGAGGCUGCUCCUGUCCCAGGCCGAGCUGGACCGUGCCGCCGCGGAGCGCGACUCGCUGGAGGCCUCGCUGCAGGCGGCCAGCGUAGCGAACUCCGCCAUGGCCGGGCUGCAGACCAUGCUCGAGCGCGAGGAGGAGCGAGAGCGGCAGCUCUCUGAGCGGGCCGCGGCCGCGGAGCACCAGCUCGCGGAGGAGCGCCGGAACCUAGAGCGGGCAGAGCUGAGGCUAGAGCGCAUGGAGCAGGCGCGGGCAGACUCCAAGGCGACCCAGGCGUCGCAGGCAGAGGCGCUGGCCCAGGAGCGGCGCGGCGUGGCCGUGUUGGAGGCGAAGCUGCAGGCCGCCCGGGCCGCGGAGGAGGCGGCAGAGCAGGCGAGGAGCGAGCUGGUCGCCCUGGUGCAGGAGGAGCAGCGGCGGCGGUUGGCAGCCGCGAAGGAGACCGGCAGACUGCAGGCCUCGCUGGAGUCGCAGAAGGAGGUCUCCGAGCAAGUCAGAGCAAGGUUGGCCCAGCUGGAGCGGCUGCAGAGCGAGUCGGCGGAGGAGAGGAUUAACACGCAGAAGGAGGUGGCGGAGCAGCGGAUGCUCCUGGAACUCGCGGAGUUCAAGCUGGAGGAGUCGAGGCAUGCACUGGCUGCCACAUCUUCCGAGCGGGCAACCGUUCAGGUUUCGCUGGCCCAGGAGCUGGAGCGCCACACGUUGCUCAGAGGCCACGCGGCGGAGCUGGAGGAGCGGCUGUCGCUGGAGAAGCGGGGCGCCGAGGCCCUGGAGCAGAGGCUGGCAGGCCUCGAGUCCACGUCUGCCCAAGCCGAGGAAGACCGCAAUGCCUUGGCAGUGCGGCUGGCUGAAGAGGAGAGCCUGAGGGCCUCCAUCGACCAGAGUCUUCAGAAGCAGCGCGCCGUCUCCAGGAGGCUCUCCGUAGGCAAGCCGACGGAGGACCUUACGAAGAUGCUCGCGGAUGAGCAGGAGAUGCACGACCAGCUGCAGCGCCAGAUCGGAUCUAUGGAGGCCCAGCUCGUGCAGAGGAGCGCGUCCCUGGAGGCGGCCCAGGCUCGCCUUGGGGAGGCCGAGGCGGCCGCCCGAGAGGAGGCGGAGAGGCUCGCGGCCAGGGCGUCCGCUCACGCCGCCGAGGCGGCGACCCUGGAGAGCCAGCUUGGGCAGGAGAGGCGAAGAGUGGAGGCCCUCGAGCAGCGGCUGGCGCGCCACGAGGCCGACGCAGAGACCCAGCGCGACGAGCGCAUGAGGAUGGUGCAGCGAGCGCUCGACGUGGCCCAGCUCCAGGCAGAGCUCACCGAGGAGCGCAUGCGCCAGGAGGAGCUGAGCCGCCAAGCGGCCCUCGAGACCGACGAGCGUGUGGCUGGGCUUCAGACCGAGCUCGCCGAGAAGCAGAGUUGCCAGGAGGAGUUGAGCCAGCGCCUGGCUCAGGCCGAGGCCGACCUGGCGCAGGCGCGCGAGAGCGCGGCCGAGGCCGCUCUGGCGCAGGCACGGGGCAGCACCGCCAUCGCGGAUGCCAACGAGGAGCGGGCACCCUUGCCGCAGCAUGCGGCCGUCCCUGUCAAGAUGGUUGACCAGGUGUUUCAGGAGUCCUCUACCCCGGCGAGGCAGGACGAGCAGAUUGUUCAGAGGCAGCAGGUGCAGCUGAAACCGGCUCCCGGCCAAGAUGCCGAGCUUCUGGCCAUCAGGGCGGAGCUCAAGGAGGCGCGCGAGGCUGAAGUGGAGACGCAGAGGCUUGCAGCAGAUGUCGAACGCCAGCACGAGGAGGAACGUCAGCGCUUCGAGCGUGCCUGGGACUGCGUCCGCGCGGCAGAGCAGGCUAAACAUGCACUGGAGGAGCGGUUGCAGGAGGUGGAGCGAAGCCUGGCCCAGAACCAGGGCGCUGCUGCCAGCAGCGAGGAGCUCAUCCGUAGCUUGCAGGGGUCCCUUGCGGAGGCCAAUCAGCGACAGGCCCAGCUGUCGGUGAAGCACGACGCCAUGGCUGCCUCGCUAGUGGCAGCCCAGGCAGCGCAAGCACAAGAGGAGUCCAGGAGGAAGAAGCUGUCCCUCGACAAGUCGGAGCUCGAGGCCUCGAGGAGCUCAGUGCAGGCGGCCCUGGGCGAGCAGAGGUUGCGCGCGGAGCAGCUGUCGGCGCGCUGCUUGGAGCUGGAGGCGCUCUCCGCGCAGGCCCGGGCAGAGGCGGCCGACGCGCAGGCACGCUUGGCCGCGCGGAGGGCCGAGGAGCGCUCUGCCGAGAGCGAGGGCGUGGUCAGACGGGGCCAGGGUGCGGCGGCAGCGCAGGUGGAGAAGGUGGGUCUGGAUCUCCAGGCGCUCGAGGCGUCGAACAGCUCCGCGCAAGCGGCCCUGGACGACGAGCGCGAGCGGGCCAGGCAACUCUCCAGCCGCUGCCGGGAGCUGGAGCAGCUCUCCUCGAACGCGAGGGCCGAGCUGGCGCAGGUGCAGGAGCGCUCCGCCGCGUACGCCGCCACGGUCGCCCAGGGCCAGGACGCGGCCGCGGCACAGGCGGAUAUUCAGCUCGAGGCGAUGGCGCUGGAUUUCAAGGCGCUCGAGGCGUCGAAAGCGACGGCGCAGAAGGCGCUCGACCAGGAACGUGCGCGGGCCACGCAGUUGUCCAGCCGCUGCCAGGAGCUGGAGCAGCUCUGCUCGCAGGGGGAGUCCGACCUGGCGCGAGCGAUCGCCGACCUCGCUGCCGCGGAGGCCAGGGCGAACCGGUCCUCCGCGCAGGCCAUCGCGCCCGUCGAGGUGAAGUUCCAGGAGUCGGCGCUCCCACGGCCCUCGGCCUUCCCCGCGGAGGAGGCACGGGCCGACGGGGGCCCAGAGACGGCCCACCGCGAGCUGCAGAUGCAGGUCGAGCAGGCCGUGGCGGCCCAGGAGCGGCUGCGCGAGGGGCUCGAGAGGGCCGAGGCCGAGGUCGCGGCGUCCCGGGGCCAGGGCGGCGCCGCGAGCGAGAGCGCGGCGCAAGCGGAGGCCGAGCUGAUCCGGGAGCGGGCGAGGGCACAGGCGCUGCUGGAGAGGUUUCAGGAGGCCGAGCGCGCCAGGGCCGAUCUGGAGGCCCGCCUGGCCGCCGCCGAGCAGGGCUCGAUCGGCGGGCCGUCCAGCGGAGCCGCCGACGUGGACUCCCGCAUCCGGAGCCUGCAGGACGAGCUUAAGGCCGAACAGCUGCGGGGUGCCCUGCUACUGGAGGCCCAGCGGCAGCUGGCCGAGGACCCCGCGUCGGGCGAGAGCCUUCGCAGCGAGCUGGCGCAGAGGCGGCUUGAGCUGGAGGCGCUGCGGGCGCAGGGCGACGUCGCGCUGGGCCGCGCGAUGCACGCGGAGGCGGAGCUGCAGGAGGAGAGGCGGAGGGCGUCGGCGGAGGCGAGCCGCGCCAGGGAGGCCGCCGACGCCAAGGUGCUCCUGGAGCGGCACAUCACUCUGGCUGAGAAGGACAGCGCGUUCAGGGCUAGGGACCUCAGGGCGGCCGAGAUGAAGCUGCGCGAGCAGGAGCAGAUGCUCUGCCAAACGCACGAGCUCGAGCGUCGCCUCAGCUCGCUUGAGCCGAAGCUGAAGAUGCUGGAGCAGCGUCAGGCUGGCCCCCAGACGGCCGCUCGGGACAGCGCGAGGGUGGCCGAGCUGGAACAGCAGCUGGCCCAGGCCACAGAACGGCAGGGCCAGCUGAAGGACGAGCUACUGGCAGCGGAGAAGAAGGUGAGCUCCACAAAGCGGGCUCAAGCGGCGCUGGCCGAGGAGAGGGUUAGGCAAGAGAAGCUCCAGCGGGAGGCCGUGAAGCCGUCCGCUGGCCGCCACGAGGCCCUCAGCGCCGGGAGCAAGCUGGAAGCAAAGCUGUUGGAGCUGGAGGGAAACUUCAGGAAUCGGCAGGCGCUGCCGGCCGAUGAUCCUGACAAGGGGUCGUCGGCGACGGCGGAGACGUCGACGACUGCGGCCCUCCGCGUCGACGCCUUCACUGCGGGCGACGUUUCCAAGCUGCUGCAGGCGGAUCUCGCGGAGAAGACGGCCGAGGCGGAGCCCGUCCAGUGCUCGUUCAGGGUGGAGAACAUAGACCACCAGCAGCUCCAGGAGGACAGAAAUCUGGAAGCCGCCUUCAAGGCCACGGUGAAGCAGAUGCUGGCGACUGAAGCUGGGGGCCUGGUGUCCAAAGCUCACAUCCGGUUUGUACCCACGGCUGGUUCGGUGGUGCAGGCCUUUGUGGAGCCGAUCCCUGGACAGGACAUGGGCGCCGUGACGCGGCGCCUUCGGUCCUCGCGGACCUUGCCGAAGAAAAUGUCAGCGUACAUUAGCGCGCUGGACGGCAUUCAAAGGAUAUCAUCUGGCCCCAUCAAAGUGACGAUCCUCUCUAUCGUUUUCGGCCCCGAGUUCAAGAUGUUGGAUGGCGCCCGGCCGCUCUCUGUCGCAAGCAUGUCUAAGACAUCCCUGAGGGGCCCAGAGGCGCUGAAGGGCGGCGUGGACGGCACCAAAACGCAGGCUCCGUGGGAGCCCCUCGCCUCCAAGUUCUUCAAAAGGCUCGACCGCUCCGGCACCGGCUCCGUGGAGAGUUUCCAGGUCCUGCAGCUGUGGCCCCUGCUCUCGCGGCAGAUGGACUGCUCCAACGCCGCCGCGCUGGCUGCCCAGCUGCUCCAGAGCACGUCGGUCAGCGGCCGUGAGUGGAUGGCGCUGUUGAAGGCCCUCCACAGCAUCGUCGGGCCGAAGCGGCUGCGCCGCAACCUACGCAGCGCCGAGGCCUACUACCGCGAGCUGCGCGCCAGCGCAGCGCCAGCCGCGGCGAGCGCAGGGGCUGGCCCGGCCGGCCUGCCGCUGGAGGCCAAGGAGGGCGGCGCGAAGGCCGACGCGGCGCGCGCGGCCCUCCGGGACGGAGCGCUGCAGGCUGGCGAUGGCGGCCGCGAAGCUUGCGACCACGACGGGAGGCUGCCCACCUUUUUGGCGGCCCGGCGUGGCGCCACCGCGGCCCGCCGCGCCGCACGGCGCCAGCGCCUGGCGGCUCUGACUGCCGCAUUCAGGACCAACGCCAGCAACCAUUCCAGCAUCCACGCCGACGCCACCACCAGCACUGACAUCGGCCUCAACAGCAGCAUCCAGCACAUCGUGAUACAGAUCAGCCACGCGAGGGACACGCUGGGCUGCGCCGUGCUCACAGGUCAGUGUGCCCACGAGUUCCUCGCCAACACCCUGGACCGCGUGGGCAGCGACCUGGGGACUGCAGGCACAUCGGUGUCGGGCAAGGCGGCGGCCGAGCAGGCCUCGGAAGGCUUCGCAGCGGAAGGUCAAGAUGCCGUUCCACCCUUGGCAACGUAUUUCAAAUUGCACGCAGAGGUCGAGAAAGCGGCCGAGCUGGCCGCCUCAACGCAAGCAAACAUCAGGAUCCUCCUGAGGGUGUCCAGGAACGCUGGUACCCUGAGCCUCUUCACCAUCGCCAGGCGCAGCGGCAGCUUCAGGCUCGGCGUCCUUCCUCUUCUUGGCAAGGCGCCCGGGGUGAUCCUUAUGCGACUCCAUGAUAGUGUUGGCCGUCUCCUUGGCCUGUGGGAAAAGCUUUUGAGCCAGCUCUUGGAUGCCAUCGCGCAGCUGCUUGCCCCUCGCCUCGAGCUCCUCUUGGUCAGCCUGGGACAGCUCAUAAUCCUCGAUGCCAACCAGCAACUCCGAGGGGUCGAUGUCCAGCUGCUGCCAGAAAGGCUGCGACCAGACGGCGGUGCUCAGCCUCAGCCACCUCCCCUCCACCUCUUCAGUGAGCUUGGUGACCAGGCCCUUCUGCUCGACCAUCUGCAGCGACCACUCCUCGAAACGCUGCACAGCACCGUGAAGCUUGCGUUCGAGGCCGCGAAGCUUACUGUGGGCCAUGGACACCUGGUGCUGCAGCGUAGGCUCUUUCGCGGCGGGCGGGGGCUUGGCCAGCUCACGGUGCCUCGCUGCGCCCAGCGCCUCACCCGACUUGGCCAGCAGCUCCGCCAGCGCCGCAUGCUCUUCGCGGGAGAGAGCAUUGGCGGGAGCGCGAGCUUGGGCCGCAGGAGCUGCACCACCCUUGCCACCUCCACUGCCGGCCAGAGCAAAGCAACCAGGCGGAUGUGCCCGCAGCUUGUACAGGGGUUAGGCGCCCUAGUCGUGUUCAUAGCCGCAGGCGCGAUCGGGGAUCGUUGCCGCUGGAAUCGGCCGCUGCGGUCGACCGCCAAGGCGGAGGCGGCCGCGACGGCCUUCUCGGCCCAGUCCGGCACCAUCCCCAUGACUGCCUCGGCGUACCCCCUGCGGGCUCGCCAAGCCGGGACGCCGCGCUCGUUCCGCGAGCGGCUGCAGAAGGCUGAGUGCGCUGCUGAGGUCACGUCGCGCGUUGACUGGUCCCGGAUGUCGGCCGUCGAGACGUCCGAGGCUAUCGAGGACAUCUCCGAUGCGGCGUUCCGCCUGGACAUCAACAGCGGUGGCCAGGUCUUCUUCGCGCUCCUGCGCCUGCCGCGGGCGGGCGACCCCGCCGAGGCGGCUGCCGUGCCCUGCCAGGAGGAGGCGAUCGUGAUCAAGACUUGCGACUCGCGCCACAUGCUGCUGUCGGAGCAGAUGGCGGCCGAGCUGGCGCGGCAGCUGGAGAUCGGGGGGCCGGCGUCUCGGCUGCUGCUGAGGCAGCACGACGGGCCGGAGUGGGAGCAGCUCGCGGAGGCUUCACGGGCCCUGUGUCCGCCGCUUGCCCGCGCGCUGUCGCGGAGGCAGUGCCAGGCGGUGUUGGCGAUGCAGUUCGUGCGGGGGCGGAGCCUGGCGCAGGAGCAGCGCGCGUGGGAGCCGGAGCGGCUCCCGGGCUCCGCGCGCGCCCUCGGGCACCUCUUCGUGCUCGACGUGCUGCUGGGGAAUUCGGACCGGCUGCCCGUCAAGUCGCUGCAGUGGCGGGGGAACCCCUCGAACGUGCUCUGGAGGUCCGCCGACAGCGCUCGCGGGGAGUUUAGCCACUGCUGCAUGCCCAUCGACGCCCAGGUCGCGCGGAGGCCGCCCAAGAUGCUGGUGCGCGAGGCCGACCAGCAUGCCGAUCGGCUGCUGGAGCUGGUCCUCCUGGACAGGGAGAGCGCCCGGCAGGUGCUCGACGAGGCUGUCUCCUGCAACGCGGCCGCCGCGCAGGCGCUGGGGGCCGACUGGGCCCCGACGGAGAAGGCUUGGGCCGCCAGGCGCCGCCCCGAGGACGCCGCGCCCGACACGGCGCCAGCCAGCAGUAGCGCGGUGAAGGCGUUCCACGAGGGCGUGCGGGCCGCCCUCAACUUAGCCCAGAGGCAGCUGGGGCUGCUGGAGAUGGUCGCGGGCGUGCUGCGGUCGUGGAUCGAGGAGUUCCAGAAGGACAUGAGCGAGUUCUCGGCAGCCUCAGAGAGCCGCCUCAGCAAGACGCGCCAGCUGCAGAGCUGGAACCGCGAGGCCAACAAGAACGAGCUCGUAAAGGACCGACUCUGCUCGUGGCAGUCGCUGCUGCAGGAGAAGUCUCUCGCACUGAGGGUGGCGGUGGACGACUGGGCCAGCCGCAGGGGCGUACACUCGGCGUUGUCCUUUCACGGCUUCCUGGGUGACAGCGUGCUCAACCCCAUCGCGGAUGCGUACGAGCUCUUGGUGCGUCUGCAGCAGAUCAUCUCCAGGGCCAGGGUAAUGCAGAACGCCACGCUCGUGACGCGCGCCUGCGACCUGUCCCCCUUCCCACUGCUGGUGGGCCCCGUGACGGCCUGCGCGCUGCACCUCCUGCGCAAGCUGGGUGUCACGCUGAUCGUGAAUUGCACCUCCGACCUGCCACCCCCCGAGGAGCUCGGGAAGCAGAUGAAGUGGCGCCGCCUCGUUCUCGAGGACGUCGAGGACCAGGACCUCUCACAGAGCCUGGAGGAGGGGCUCCGCGCCAUCGACGAGGCGGUGGCGGCCGGUGGCCGGGUCUUCGUGCACUGCCACGAAGGCAAGAGCCGGUCUGUGUCCGUAUGCCUGGCGUAUCUCGUCACGCGGGAGAGGCGCCCGCUGUCCGAGGCGCUGUCCUUCAUCAGGGAGCGGCGGCCACAAGUGCGGCCGAAUGCCGGCUUCAUGAGGCAGAUGUUGGCCCUGGAGCUCGCCACCCUUGGCUCCAACUCCAUCGCGCUCGCCGACCUGCCAAGGGGCAAGCCGCCGUUGCCGUCCGAGCGCAAGCAGCAGUGA